CAAAAUGCAUUUUUUGAAGCAUAUUAUUCCAGUGUUUGUUCUAUGAAUUUUGAUGAAACUUCAAUUGAAAACGUAACUAAGGAUGUCACAAUUUGCAUCACUAAGUUUUCGAAAAUGUUGCUCUCUUACAGGUUACAAAUGGAUUGAAAUACAAAUCUGAUCCACUUUUAAUGAUUUAUCUUUCCAAGAUUUGGUCCUGCAUUAACAAAGAAAACGCCACUAGAUGUCUUGGCAUUUAAACAAACUCCUGAUAAAUGUUGUGUGCACCAAAGUGAGGAGGCAAUCAACCCAAACCUCACGAAGAGAAUUUGCUCUAAGAAACGAUACGUCUUAGCUUGGUCAAGAAAAAUGGCUUUCCGUCCCUCGAAAUAGCAGCCCUACGCAACUGGUCACAACGAGUUAGUCCGGCGUCUCGGUUAAGUUAGUCCUUUGGAUGCAUGGCCUAAAAUCCCUAAAGACACCAUGGAUCCAUUGCUUUCUCCAUCCUUGCAAGAAGUUCCAAGUACACCCAGACUCUCGCAGGUUUACACCCAGACCAUGGAACUCUUGGGCACCCCAACUGCCCCGACUUACGUCUCUUCGCCGCUUCAAGUAGUACCCGUUUGGUCAUCGCCAAAUUGUCCUGGUACUCCUAAAUCCCCUGCCACGCCCAUUUACGAUGGCGAAAAUCAGAAUCUGGCCUCUUUUGAGAGCCUUCAAGUCGACGCUGAACUGUUUUCGGCUGAGACUAGGGAUCAUUCGACUUCGUCCCUUAAUCCCCGGGUCACCAAGGUGCGGACGAAACGGUAUCUUAUCCCCACGAAUCAUCUCCAAGGGUCUGUGAUCGCUUCCAAUGAGUCUGGGUUAUUUGAUUGGGAGUCAGGCGUGAAAAUUAGAUCCGGUGGCAAGGACCUUUUUACAGCCUUCCAAGGGCCCGAAUUCUCAAGGAUAUGGAGCCAAUCGAAGAAAGUUGCUCUAAAUGGUCACACACAAGUGUGAAAAGAAGUGGCCACAAACGGUCCUUCCAACCGUUUUUUUCUGCUGUAAAAACUGUCCAAAAUAAAAGUACGUGGGUUG